AUGCAAGCUGCUGAUAUACUUGUUCACUAUGCAGUUAGGGAAAAUCACAGCGGUGUUCACUUGAAUGGUUCAUGUAGCGAAAGUCUUGUAGAUAGUUUAGUGGCAUCGUCGUCUAGUUCAAGAUUAUGUACAAAUGAUUCGUCUAAUCUGGGGAUCAGAAAGGCUCUCAAUGAACUUUACUCUUCGGUUUGUCCCACUUUGUCUGGUGGUGGAGGAUGCAGGAUUUUAACACCUGUUUUAUCCUCAGUGCCGGAAUCAUUAACCUCAAGUGACAAUGCUUGUUGUGAAAAUGGACAAAAGAAUCCUGUUCGUCUCUAUGUUGGCCAUCAGUCAAAUACAUCUAUGGACUGUUCAAAUCACUUAUUAGAUAAUCACCUGAACCCAAAUUCAAUUGCUAGUCAAUCGCCUCGCUCUUCAGUCACUCACAAUGGUGACAGUAUGUUGAACAGAAAUGAUGUACUUCUAUCACACUCGUCCGAUUCUCACUCCAAUGGUAUAUCUGACAAUGGUGAUACCCUCAGUCAACAGUUCGAUGGAAUGUAUUGUGCUUUGGGUAAUCAUUUUUCUCUUCCCUUAAGUGAAGCGGAUAAGCCACGGAGAUCUUCAUUGUUGAUUCAACCGUGUACUGGUUUUGCGACAACCAGUCAGUUAGUUUCAUGUACUAAUCCUGUAUGUGAUACCUUUCUGGAUGCACACAUGUUACAGAGUUUAAGGUCUCCUGGAGUUCCCAGUACUAAUGUAAAACAAGUGACGACUAAUUCUAUAUAUAAUCUCACAUCAAUUCCUUCAUUUCUGUGUAAUGAAAACAGUGAUGAACAUGAUCCAGGAAAUACCUAUUUUCGGCAGUUAUCAAGUUCAAAGUCAGAAACAAUUGACAUGACUUCUUUCCCAGCUGUGACUAGUUGCCUAAAUGCUUUUCCUGUCGAACCACUAUCCCUAGUAACUCAUUCAAACUAUCUCAAAAAACCCAAACGUCAGGGUGUAGUAAAUAAAAAAUCGCGUACCAAUACAUCCAACAGAAGUUCCUGUCUACCAUCUGUUUGUGACAGUAGUACAGACAGAAUUCCUGUCCAGGAUACGUUCAGUGAGUCUAGUAAGGGUCAUGCAAAGCGAUCACGUAAUUUGACGGGACGUGGAAGCUUAACUUUUCCUGGUAGAAUUUCUCGUAGUGGCUGUAAUAAUGAAGAUUAUCCCCUUGUUAACGAGCAGUCAUAUUUUGCAGAUUCCGCCAAGCGCUUACUUAUCAAAUCUGAAUCCUUGAUGGCCGAUGAUAUAGACGAUGCUAGUGAUCAUUCAGAAUCACUGAGUGCUGGAACUGGCUGCGCGGUAAGGAAUAAUACACCCGCAUCAUCUUUAGAUGAAGUUGAACAGCAUCACCUAAAAUUGGAAAGGAAACGUGCUCGUAAUCGUGUUGCUGCACGUCGUUGCCGAGAACGAAAGUUAUCCCUCAUCAGAUCAUUGGAAAACCAAGUGGCUGAGCGUGAUGCGCAAGUGAGAAGUCUAGAGGAUACACUUGCUCGAUAUAGAGCUGAAGGUGAACGAUUACGAUUACACAUCGAAAUGUUAGCUCGUUCAUAUCCUAAUCUCAAGGCUGAAUUAUAUCGAUUUCCAUUCCUAUUUCAACUACCUUCAUCUCAGCAACAUACUCAGUCACAACAGCCAUCUUCUAAUCAAACUACUCCAAUAAAAGACGAACUUCCAGAUACAUCGUCAUCGCAUUUCACUUGA